AUGACAACGCAACUUUUGAGGAAAAAAAUCCUUCAAUUUCAAAUGAACACAAACCCUAAUUUCCCUUUUCUAUAACAAACUCCAAAUCUUCAGUUAACUGAAACAUACAUUGCCUCUUUCAUCCUCACAUGGAUUCAACUCGUGUCUCUCAUAGCCUUGGGGAUCCCAAAAUUCGUCAAGUUGGUUUCUUUGUUCCCGAAUCCUCCACCACCGAUUCCCACAAGAUACUGCCGCCAAGUCAUCUUUCCGUUCCGGAGAUGCAGAAUUCCGUCCAUGGCCAAGUGACAUCUCGGAGCUAUGAUCCCUCGGAAAACCGAAACCUUGAAACUGGCAUUGAAAAGAGGGAAGAUGAAGAGAUAGAAGUUAUAAAAUCAAGUUCAAAGCCGCUGAAAGAAAAAACUACCAAAGCAGAGAGGCGAGCCUUGCAAGAAGCACAGAGAGCUGCUAAAGCUGCUUCUUCUAAAGUUGAGGGAAGUAAGGCUGUUGCUGGGACUGGUAGAGCUGCCUUGGGUAAAAGUACAAAGCAGUCUUCACAAAAGAAAGUUGGUCCUUCUUCUCCAGUGGCUGCUGAUAAAAAAGCAGGAGAUCGUCCUAUAGAUAAAGACAGGAAAAAGGAUGCUCCUCAUCAACGAUUGCAAUUUGAUGAUGAAAGCCGAAUGGAAAAGGCUAGAAGGCGUGCAGUAGUCAAUCCAACUAAAUCUAGAACCGGAGUUGAAUUAUUUCAGCAUUUGCCUCAAUAUGAACAUGGGACCAAGCUUUCUAAUCUUGAAUCAAAGUUUUUCCACCUUGAUUUAGUGCAACCUUCUGUUUUUGAGGUAGGUCUUCGUUAUUCAGCAGGAGAAAUAUCAGGGGGUAAUGCUCGUUGUAUAGCAAUGCUAAGAGCACUUCAAGAUGCCAUUAGAGAUUACUGCACAGAUCAUGAAAAGGCCCUUGUUAGGAAUUUAACAGCAAAAAUCAACAGUUCUGUUUCAUUCUUUGCUGAAUGCAGACCACUUUCAAUGAGCAUGGGAAAUGCAAUUAGGUUUGUAAAGAGUCGUAUUGUUAACCUGUCUUUAAAUUAUUCUGAGUUUGAGGCAAAAACAACUCUGUGUUCAGAUAUUGACCGGUUUAUAAAUGAAAAAAUAGUUCUUGCUGAUAAGGUGAUUGUCCGACAUGCUUUUACAAAGAUUAAGGAUGGGGAUGUGCUUCUCACAUAUGGAUUGUCAUGUGUUGUUGAGAUGAUUCUUUUAUAUGCCCAUGAACUGGGUAAAAAGUUUCGUGUUGUCGUGGUCGAUUCCCAGCCAAGGCUAGAAGGUCGGGCCUUGCUUCGUAGGCUAGUGGCUAAGGGUCUAAGUUGCACAUAUACUCAUAUAAAUGCUGUUUCUUAUAUCAUGCAUGAGGUCACACGAGUUCUUCUGGGAGCUUCUGCAGUUUUGUCUAAUGGAACUGUAUAUUCAAGGGUUGGGACUUCUUGUGUUGCAAUGGUGGCUCAUGCAUUUCGUGUUCCUGUAUUGAUCUGUUGUGAAGCAUAUAAAUUUCAUGAAAGGGUGCUACUGGAUUCAAUAUGUUCUAACGAACUAGGUGACCCAGAUGCUAUUGCCAGGGUUCCUGGACGAAUGGGUGUCAAUUAUCUGGAUAAUUGGGCCAGUGAAGACAAUUUGAGGCUUUUGAAUUUGAUGUAUGAUGCUACUCCUUCAGAUUAUGUGUCUGUCAUUGUAACAGAUUAUGGCAUGCUUCCUCCUACAAGCGUGCCUGUAAUAGUUCGUGAAUAUCGACAGCAUUUGUUGAUGUAGAUAUGGAAAAGUCAGAAACUGGUGUUAACAGCCUUGCAAUCGAUUUAGAUUAAUGGAAAUUUUUUAUAUCU